AUGUCGGCUCAAAACUCCGACUCAAGCUCCGGCGGAGCUCCUCCAGGCACAGUUAACCUUGCCACACUUUCCCUUCCCCAACUCCGCGCCCUUCAGACCCGCCUUACCUCCGAAUUGGAGCACUUGACAACUUCGCACUCCAAGCUGCGCGCCGCACAAGCCAAGUUCCGCGACUGUGUGCGCUCUAUCAGUGACGGUGUGACUGGCUCCGAAGCCAAGGGUACUACCGGCUGUGACCAGAUUCUUGUCCCUCUUACCAGCUCCUUGUAUGUCAAGGGCCGGUUGGCAGAUCGCGAGAAAGUGCUUGUUGAUGUUGGAACGGGAUUCUAUGUUGAAAAGGUACGGUCCUGCGUGUCGGUGUUUCCAGCCGGACAGAUAACUGACUUUCUCUCCUUUUUUCCGGCACAGACACCCCAGAAGGCGAUUGCUUUCUAUGAUGACAAAGUGAAGGGAUUGGAUGCAAACCUGCAUGAAUUGGAGAAGAUUGUUGGAGGCAAAAACUCUCAACUGCGGGUUGUGGAGGAAGUGCUCAGACAGAAGAUGCUUAGCGGCGAGGCAGAGGCUGGUGCGAGUGCCUAA